AUGACCCUGUUCCUUGUGUCACUCUGCUGUAUGAUGGUCAUUACCAGAGCUGAUUCUCCAAAGCCAAAGACCUUCCGCCAUGACUAUGUAACCUAUAAAAAUAUAUGCCGGGAAAUGGACUGGAUACCAAAGUGCGAUUGUCAUAAGAUAACUAAGGGAGGUUGUGGAAAGAUUGUGGCAUUUCAUGCUAUUCUGUCUAAAAGACUGAACAACAUACCUGUUAAUACAAUCCUCAAAUUUGAAAACGUAUUGACCAAUGAAGGAAAAGGAUACAGCCCUACUACAGGAAAAUUUACAGCACCGGUAGAUGGCGUCUACUCGUUCUCAUGGACCUACUCUACAAACAAAGGAUCCCGUUUCUUUGUGGUUGGAGUUGUGGAUGGCAUAGUUCGUGCACAUUUAUCCAACUAUGGUCAG